AGUAAUAAUAAAGAGUCAUUAAUUUUGUCAAAAGGUUAACUGAAAAAACUUAAAUCUGCAAAAAAAUGUUUGGGUAUGGCGCCAUACCUGUUUUACCCUCAGGCAGAAACCCUGGUGCUGUUAUGUUUGUGGGGAAAGUGCAUAUAAAAGAUCCUUUUUCCUUAAUGCUAAUGAAGAAAAAAUAGAAAGAUAAUAAAUACAAUGUCACGGUUAUGUAUUUGUCUUAUGUACACAUUCCCGUGUAAAACUAAAUAUGUAUCUAUGUUUCUGACAUGUACAUGUAUGUACAUGUAAAUAUAAAAAAUACACAAUUUUUCAUGGACGUUUAUGUUGAAUUUAUUAAUGUAGUCAUUUAUUUAAAUAACAAUAAAGUACAUCUAAUUUACUGGCAAAUAUGGGAACACUUUAAAAAAAACAAAAAACAUUAUCAUGUGUGUGCAUGCUAGCUUUCUUGCAUGUAUGUGUCUGUAAGGUUGGUUGAAUGUAGCACAAUUUUAUUCAGUCUAUACAUGUGUGUACGUCACAUUUAGUUACCUCAAUAAGAUUGGCACAGCAUGUAUAUGCUUGGCAGGCCAUGCACUGUUGCAUAUCCUGAAUUGAAACCUCUCAAAUUUGCAUAUUAAAAAACCCCAUUUACCAUUAAAAAAAAAUCAUUUAAAAAAAAAAAUACACAAAAAUAAUAAUAAAUAAAAUACAAAAAAAAAAAAUCACAAUCUAAUAUAAUUACCUGUUUUCUAUUCACUAAAAAACAUUUUCAUUCCACUUUCACAUUAGUGUUAUAUACAAAGGCACAGACACUUAGCUGCACAUAAUAAGCCAGCCAGGCGAACCACUUAUAAAUGCAUUGGGCCAAUUUAAGUUAUAUAAGCGACGGGUAAAAACUGUCCUGGGUGCAUGCAGACACCACAAAUAAGGACUGACACGCAUGACCGGCCAUUGAUGGAAUCAAUUGUCGCCUUUUAUGCUACUUUCUGAACAACCAGCCAUGCUUGUCUGGCUGUGGUAAACACAGAAGAGUCGCAUGUUCCAUAAACCAGGGCACUUUGUCCCCUCACACCUACACACACACUCAGCUAGACACAGGAGUGUGGUAGGAGUGUGGUAUAUAAACCGUGGUGAGUUAUCAUGUGCAGUGUAGAAGAUAGUGUCACCCUUGUAGCUUAAUUCAUUCAUUCUUCAAAAGGACGGUGAUGAGGAUCGGGAUUUUUUCACUCAAGGAACAGUGAUACUGCUUUCGUGUGCUUUGUUUGUGUCGACCGUGGACCGGUUUCAGACGAUGUUGUAAACAGGAAGAAAGCCACAAACCCCGAGUACACAGCUAGAUCGUAGACUGCUUGCUAGGGGAGACGAUUCUACGCAUUUGUUUUAUUAUUCUGCUUCACAAAACUGGAAUUUUAAAAAAUUCAUCUCUGCUGGAACAAAUCUGUGAGAAAAAAAACCCAUUCUGCCAUAAUCCGAGACAAGGAUUUUAUUUUUGGAAUAUAUUUCGUGCUUCAUUUUUAUUCCUUCCUUUGUGUAUACAGUACAGUUCUUGUGAGGGGAAAAAAAAUAUCGACACACACCGGUUAAAUAUUACAUUAAUGGUGAUUUUCACGUGUCUGCUUGACCCCGUUUCCAAAGCCGCCAAAACCACCGCCCCGCUGCGUGUUUCUAUUUGUGCGUAACCACGACGACCGUCCUCGCGACCGACAGCCGGUUAUGGCCAUGGUGAACCAGAUGAUGAACCUGCAGCCCGCCCCGAACCCCAACGUGAAGGACUCACGAUGGCUCACCCUCGAGGUGUGCCGCGAGUUCCAGCGCAGCAAGUGCACGCGCACAGAGAACGAGUGCAAGUUCGCGCACCCCCCGCCCCACGUCGAGGUCCAGAAUGGGAGGGUGAUUGCUUGCUUCGACUCCAUCAAGGGUAAAUGUCAGCGGAAGGACCCGCCGUGCAAGUAUCUACAUCCUCCGCAACAUCUCCGUGAACAGCUGCUACAGAACGGUCGUAACAACCUGAUUCUGCGCAACCUUCAGCUCCAAGCCGCCCAAGCCGCCCUCCAACCCUUCGUGCCCGGGAUGAUUCCAGUCGCUGGCAACAAACUCAUGGCCUAUCCAGCAGGACUGCCAUCCGGACAAUACCCCAUUGUGGUUCCUCCAUAUGUGGGAUCGGUGCCCAAUUCAGCCAUGCCGUCAUACAACCCCUACUUGAACUCCAUGCCCACGAUAUCCGUGCCUGGCAGCGAAUCGUCAGGCCUGGUCCAGCAACAGGUCUCUGGGGUAAUACCCACCUCAAUGCCGGCCCAGACGCAGAAGAUGGCUCGUCCUGAUAGGCUAGAGGAAAGUAGUUUUGGACAUCAAGUAUGUCGCGAGUUUCAAAGAGGAACUUGCACGCGACAACCUAACGAGUGUCGCUUUGCACAUCCUCCUGAAAACGUGACCGUUGAGAGCACUGACAACCACGUAACGGUGUGUAUGGAUUUCGUAAAGGGAAAGUGUGCACGAGAUUCGUGUCGGUAUUUCCACCCUCCGAGCCACCUUCAAGCCCAGAUAAAGGCUGCUCAGCAACGAGUCGCUAACGCAUCCGUCGCUACAGCGCCCUCAGCCCUGCCGCAAGUGGUUGAGGUCUUGACUGCGGGCAAGAAGCGACCUCGUGACCCUACAGACGAUCUCGUUCUGGGGGCACUGCCGGCGAUGGUGCCACCGUACAAGCGGAUGGCAAUGACCGAUUCGAAGAGCGGCAUCCCGAUGACGUACCAGCCAAUCAAUGCGUACCAGCAUGCUGCACUGAUGCAACUAGGACAACAACAGCAGUACAUACCAGUCACAUGGCAGUUGACGUCAUCCCCCGUCUCCGAACUUUACACAAUUGCGGGACACCCUCCAAGUGUGCCGCGAUUUUAAAUCUGGGAAGUGCGACCGACCCCAAUGCAAAUUUGUGCAUAUUCUUGAGGAUUACGUUGAAGUGAUGGAUGGGCAUGUAACGGUCUGCCGUGACUCGGUCAGAGGGAAGUGUCAGCGUCCUCUGUGCAAGUAUUACCACAUUCCUGUGGCCCUACCGCCAAGCAUCUAGACGCUGUCCUGUCAGGGGG